UUUAUUGAUGAAAACGAAAGUUAGAUUUGAGAUUGGAACAUAAUACAGGGUGCGAUGGCUAAAUCAUAUUCUAACCAUUACGGAAAUACUUGUUCUCCAAAAACAAUUUCCGAUGAAAACCAAACGUAUGAAAUUAUAGAUGACUUUGUAUUGUCGAAAACAAAUUAUGAUAUCUUGAAAAACGAUCAAAAUGCCGAAAUCAUUAAUAGAAACAAAACCAGUGGAAGAAUAGAGCAAAGUGAUUGUAAAAAGGAGCAUAUUUUGAAUAAUAAAACCGGCGACGAAACUCAAAAAUAUUAUUAUAUCGAAGAACAACACGAGACUUCUUGUAACUCUGACAUUUACGAGAGUGUAGAAAUUCAAGCAGUGAAACCUAUUCAUUGCGCUUCAACACAUUUGACUUUCAAAUCUUCGCGAGGAAAACGUUUAACUUGUUUUAUAUUUGGGUUUCUUUUGUUGGGUGUCAUAGUCGGUAUGACUGCGUUUAUGUUACUGAAAAAUAAUUCGCAAGAUCCCGACAACCAAAACACUCAGGCUCAAGUGACACCAUGCACCAGUUCACCAUGCUUAAACAAUGGAGAAUGUAAAAUACAAAAUGAUACAUAUCAAUGCGAGUGUCCUGUUGGUUUUGAUGGAACUAAAUGUCAAGAAACACCGUGUUCUAGAGAACCUUGCUUCUACAAUGGAACUUGCACUGAACAUGGUAAUUUACCAAUCUGUACGUGUACUGAUGGAUACAAUGGAUCAAGAUGUGAAGCCACACCAUGCCACAGUUCACCUUGUUCGAAUGGGGGAGAAUGUACACUAACCGGAAGUAGUUUUGAUUGUUCCUGUCCAACUGGAUACUUUGGAAGCCAAUGUCAAGGAACACCAUGCCACAGUUCGCCUUGUUUAAAUAAGGGAACAUGCAAGCCCACUGGUAGUAGUUUUGUUUGUUUUUGUCCAACUGGAUACAGUGGAAAGCAAUGUCAAGUCACACCAUGCCACAGUUCACCUUGUUCGAAUGGGGGGACACCAUGCCACAGUUCACCUUGUUCAAAUAGGGGAAUAUGCAAUCCUUCUGGUAGCAGUUUUGGUUGUUCCUGUCCAACUGGAUACAGUGGAAAACAAUGUCAAAUCACACCAUGCCAUAGUUCACCAUGCUUGAAUGGGGGAAGGUGCACAACAACUAACAAUGGUUUUGUGUGUUCCUGUCAAACUGGAUUCUCUGGAUACCGAUGUCAAAGUAUGUUUCAAUAUAUUAAUCGACAGUGGGUUCGACCGUCAUGUCCCUCUGGUUGGAAGAUGAACGAAAAAACAUGUUAUUAUUUUAGCAGUGAAAGCACAGAUUGGUAUACAGCCAAGGUUGUCAAAAUUUGUCUACUUUAA